AUGGCUUUCGGUGAUAUCAGUACACGGCAUACAAACAUCAAAUGCGAAAUACUUGAUCCUUUGUAUGCAGAGACGCGUGUCUGUCGCCUGAAUGUGCUGGGGCGUGGCAUUAUCGGAGCCAAUAUCCACAUUAAAUUUAAUAAACUACCGAUUCGGAGGGUGAAAAUAAACUACAGUGUGUGGAAGAAAUUAUCCGGCUACCAUCCGUUCCUAUUUAACGUCACCGUGGACCUUUGCCACCACAUGAAGCACCCGAAUCCGUUGACCGUCUUCUACUACUUCUACGGUGCCUUGUUGCCCUUCAUUAAUAUGAAUCACACUUGCCCCAUCAAUCAUGACCUUAUUCUGAAGAAUUUCGUUUUGGAAGAAAAAAUGUUCUCCAAAGUACCCGCGCCCAAGGGCAGCUACAUGUUUAUGAUCAAACUCAUCACCGAGGAUGUCUGGAGAGGGACUAUUUCCUCCUAUAUGGACAUUAAUGUGGAUGAUGGUCCAAGUAUCAAGUCGGGAUAG